AAGAACUAAAAUGUUAAAUUAAAAAUACAAGUUUUAAUUUUUAAUGUUAUAAAGUGCAUUUUAUCAUCAUGUUUUUAUUUUACCUAGAAAUCUUUUUUACAGUAUGUAGUUUUUUUAUGGUGUGUUUAAUAGUAUUCUCUUAAAUUUUAUCGUAAUAGUCAAUUUAUAAAAGGUACUUAAGAGAUAUUUCGAAUUAAAAACAUUUUGCAGCAUUUUUUUUAUUAUAUACAUAUAUACCACCAAUUAAUAAAAUUUUUAAAGACGAAUAAAGAUCAUAAGCACAUUUUUCUUAAAAAGAAAAAUUGGAAUAAAUCCGUUAAUUUAAAUAAUAUGUAAUGUAUAAGAAAAAACUCCACAAAUCUUAUAAAUCCUCAUUUCAGCUAUUAUCUGUCUGCUGCGAAAUAGUAUUAAAUAUAAUUUACGAAUUUUAUUACUUUUAUAGUAUUCACUAAAAAGCUAAAUAAAUAAUUAUCGUAACUAUUUUUACAACUUCAGUUUCUUAUAUAAAUUCCGACUGUCAUGUACAUAUUAUGAAGUGCACACGAUUGUCACAGAUUUUUGUCACGUAUUCAUUUAAAUUACAGAUGGGCAAAGCACCGGGUUUAAACCCGGUGCUUUGGUAAAAACCCAAUAAACACCCAUAAACUCCCAUAAUCACCCAAAAAAAUAGGUUUUUACGUAUUUUUUUGAAAAUAUGUAAGUAAUACCAAUAAAUUAUUUUUAUAAAUUGUAUUGAUCAAUUCUACAAUAUUAAAUAAAACGUUAACUAAUAAUAUUUCAGGAAAUUUUAAAAAUCUAUAUAUAAUAAAAUGAAAGUAAUUAAUUUUCAGUGUUUUCAUGUUGCAGUUGAUCAACAUGUUGGCCUUUUGCUUCCCGUAGAUACUUUAAAAUUUCUUCAUAACACCUCGUUCGCACACAUGGCCGUAUAUAUUUAAAUUCUUGAGCCACUAACAGUCCGAAAUACUCAUUUCUUUUAUCCUCUUCUCCAUAAAUUAAGCAUUUAGAACAGUUUGUUUCUUCUUUCAGUAAAUUUUCUUUUACUUUAUCCUCGUUUUUUUCUUUGUUGCGACGACGCUGGGUAAAUCAUCUGGACACUGGGUCUCACUAUCGCCAAAUAUAUUUGGAGAUCGGCUUCGGCUACGGCUUGGCAGACAUUUUUUUCUUUCUACAAUUUUAAAUUAAAUUUAUUAGAAUAAAUGCUUCGAACACACGCGAUCUAAGUACCUUUUGUGUUUAUUAUACCUUACCUACCUAGGUAUAAAAAGAGUACUUACGUAGAUUUUCUUUUAUUAACUGUUUUAUACGAAGAUCUUGAUCUCUCAAAUUAGCAUCCAUUUUACUUCCAGUGAUUAUCAACUAAAUUAAUAAUCCACAAAGUAUUAAAUAACGUUUUUAUGAAAUAUUUAGCACAAAAACAAUACCCUUUAAAUAUCGAUCGUCAGUAACUGUGGCUGACUUACCUAUAUUCUAGCAAGCAGGACUGCCAGAUGUGAAGGGGAAAUCCCCAAUAAAUUGUUGCAUGUGACUGAUGAUGUGAGCAUGUUCGUUUCAUAAUAAAAAUGUUGCCAGGUAACCAAAAAGUCGUAUGUUUUUGUGCGAAUUACGAUCAUAAUCUUUACGAUCGUACAUUAAAAAAUAGACAAAUAAUAGUAUGAGUACGAUUUAAAUCGUAUAUCUGUCAACCCUGCUAGCAAGACAGCGACAAAAUCACGUUGCAUAACAAUGUAGCCCAAGCUUAUAUCUUAUGAAAUAUACGGAAGAGAUACGGACUUAGAAAAAACAGAAAUGUUGUUCUUUGUGGAAGUCAUUGAUGAAAUUCUAUGUAUUUUAGCCCGCAAACUUUCUUCAAACAAAAACAGCGCCAUCUAGUAUCGAGUUCUGUAAUUAUCUCUUUGUUUAUGGAUUUGAAGUAAGACCGCCACGCAUGCAAUACAUUAUGACUGGGGAUUCCCCUAUUCGUCGACGCUGAAUAUGAGGCGACGACAAUCACUGUCAAACGUGUUCACUAUUACUCUGACUCUGGUAACGUGACUUCCUGGUAACGUGUUAGGUAGGAAAAGCAGUAAAAAAGUGCAUAUUAAGGGAGCAGAUUUGAAAUAAUAUUUAUACUUAACAAGAAAUAAUUAAAGGUUCAAUGGGGAGACCUAAAGAUUUACGCAUAUGGGAGCACUACCGUACUUUACCAAACAAGUCUGUUUCUUGCAAGCUUUGUAAUAAGGUCUACAAAUUCAGUAAUGCUGCCAAAAUGCUUCAACAUCUUAUCACUUGUCCAAAAUCUCCAGAAACAUUAAAAGACUCUAUGAAACUUAUAAAAGAUAGCUCGUCCAAAACCAAAAUGUCUGGACUGUCAGAGAUAGAGACAAAUGAUUCUUUUAUAAGCCCCUCGUCGUCUGCUAACACUACAAUAAAUGCUGAGUUUCAAGACACCGAUGAUCAUAUAAAAACAGAAUUAGCGAGAGCUAUAUUUGUAACAGGGACGCCAUUAUCGAUGGUGCAACAUCCUUUAUGGAUACAAUUUUUCGAAAAAUUGCAACCAAAAUUUAAAAUACUUUCACGUAAAGCUUUAGCGACAAAAUACUUAGAUAAAAUAUAUAGAGAAAUGCGUUUUGAGUUAAAUGAGGAACUAAAUGCUUGUAGUUACUUACACCUUCAGUGCGAUGGCUGGUCUAAUUUAAGAAAUGAAGGAAUAAUAAACUUUCUUAUAUCAAAACCUCAACCUGCAUACGUUAAAAGUUUGAAUACAGAAAGUAAUCCUCACACUAGUGAAUACCUUAGCCAAGAAGUUGAAAAAGUAAUGAAAGUGUAUGGAGCAAAUAAGUUUCUUGUACUUAUUGGCGAUAACGCUAGAAAUAUACAAAAGGCAUUCGAAUUAACAAAACUCAAAUAUCCACAUGUUGUUCCUCUCGGUUGCUGUGCACAUAUCCUUAACUUGUUGUGCCAAGAUAUUGUAAAGAUACAAGAAGUAACUGUGUUUAUUAUGCAAGCCAUAAAUAUAAUAAAAACUGUUAAAAGGAGUCAACGAUUAAGUUCCUUGUUGAUAAAAUCAAGGCAGGGUGAAGAUUCUACACAAACACUAAAAUUGCCUUGUGCUACAAGAUGGGGAAGUCAUGUUACUUCGUUAAAAAGUUUGAAAGCAAAUAAGAUAGCUUUGCAAAUAUUAACAGUUAGAGAAGAUGUGGUAAUUUCAAGAGAUAUUAAAGAUUUAAUUCUAAUUGAUGAUUUCUGGACGAAGACAGGGGAAUGUAUAAGUAUUUUGGAACCAGUCACUGAAAGCAUAUUUUACUUAGAGAGCGACCAGAAUCGUUUAGACAUACAUUACAUUUAGAGAUGUACAAGCUAAGAUACGUUUUGCAUUAAAUGAGAUUUCGACAUUGAGCGAAGAAAGCAAACAGCAGAUUCUAACAUCAGUAUCUUCAAGAUGCAAUAUGGCAAUGAGGCCAAUACAUUUUGCAGCAUAUAUUCUAGACCCCAGGACUCUAGGAGUCGAACUUACUCAAGAGGAAGAACUUAAGGGUAUGGAGUUUAUCUACAAUUUAAGCCAACACUUAAGUUUGUCAAAUGUAAUGGCAGAUUUGGCGUGUUAUAAAGCUAAAGAAAACUUUUGGGCCAGAGGAUUUGUAUGGAGCUCAUUAGAUAGCAUUGAGCCCCUAAUAUGGUGGAAAGGUAUUUGUGGUUCCACUGAGUUAAGCAAAGUAGCGAUUCGUAUUCUAUCAGCUCCCUGUACUUCGGCAGCCACUGAGCGUUCCUUUAGUAUCCAAGGCUACAUACAUAAUAACAAAAGAAAUCGACUUACAACUGAAAGAACUGAAAAAAUUUCAUUCAUUUGUUAUAACUGGAAUCUUAAACAUAAAGCUGAAUGCGAGGACAUUCAGUUUAAUGAAGAAAAUACCUUAGAAGCUUUCAUUGAGCAAGUAAAUGAACAUAACAGUUUAGACGAAAUAGAGCCUAUCGAACCUAUACAAUUCAUCGCUUGUAAUAACUCUGAAUCUGACAGUGAUUGACUGUAGUUUUACAUUUUACUUUCAUCUCUUUCUUAAUAAACUCAAAAUCAAAUUAAAAGUUUUUUAUUCUGUAGGCUGCAUAAUAAUAUUGUCUAUGUCCAGUAUAGUGGACGUCUUGCGGCUGAGAUGACGAUGAUGAAGUACAAAAUCAUAAACACCCAAAAAUUUGGGUGUUUAUGGGGUUUAAACCCAAUAAACCCAAAACACCCGGUUUUUACCCACCAGACUUUAAACCCACCCAGGUGGAUUGCCCAUCUCUAAUUUAAAUAUUUAUCAAUACGUAAGAAUGUUAGGAUUGUUCCUUUAAAUUGCAUACUCUUUUGUUGAGCAAUAUUUUAUAAAUAUACAUGCUACACUAUUUUCUGCCUAUGAUUACAGUAAAGUUACUCUGUGUUUUGUCAAUGUCAGUCAUAGAUUAAAAAUAGAAUCCUUCGCUUUAUCUUUGGCAUUUCUGUACUCUUUGGUUUGUUUUGUUUUGAUUUUAGAUUUUCAAUUGUCAUUUCAUUUUGCUCGUUUCUACACUUUAUCGUGUUUUAUUAUCAUUGUUUUGCCGUUAAUAAACAGUAGUAGAG